UUUUCUUUCUUUUAUCCUUGCCUCAGUUUCUUUUUUUUUUGACCCGCUCCGUUUCGUCUAAACCCCCGUUAACUUCUAAUCGCAGCCGCCUCCGGACAGAUCCAUAAUCCACUGGGAGAUUGACCUUUUGAUCUGCUUGGAAACAGUAACUUGUUAGAUGUUACUGAGCGACCUUUGAACGAUUUGCUCGACUCCUGUUGGGGUCCACUCAUUGAAUCACGAGAGCCUUGUAUUGUACUGUACACAUCAUCCUGCCUCGACCGAACAACUUAAUCUCAACAAACUCGUCGUCAAGUAUCCGGCUGUUUGCUAUCAUACCAUCGAAUCAACCAGUUCGAUUCUUAUUCAAUAAUGUCUGCAUUACCUCCUUUAAAGCGGAGACCGACUGUCCUUGUUACGGACACCCGGGACUCUAGCGCACGAAGCCACCCCCCACCUCAACGCCGGCCGUCAGCACCGUCGAUCCCAUCCAUGGUAAGGCUCAUAAGCGUCGACUCGGUCCUGCAAGAGUCUUCACAAAUACCGUCGGGCCAGAGCCGCAAUCCGCUAGCCCGGGCCCGCGGGGCUCCAGCCUCCCCCUCCUGCCCAACAACGCCGAAGCCCUCAGAUCCCAGGCGGUUCCUCGGCCAGAACUUACCUGUCCGGUCGUCGAAACUUUCGGAAAAACUCGUGCUGCUCCCGGAAACCGAGGAGGAGGCGAAUCGCUGGGGGUAUGGCGAGGACGACACCGAGGACGCGCCAAUCAAGGACGACGAAGAAGAGUGGAGGAGUAGGCUUGAGGGGGAUGAGGAGUCGCCGGAGCAGCCCCCCAGGAAAAGCUAUGCUGAACGGUUACCGAAGUCUCGGAGGGCAGAUAAAUUGAGCCGGGUUACGGCUUAUUGCACGGCUGAUGCAUACAGGCUCAAUGCUACAUCGAAGUUUCUUAGAGAGAAGCAUUCGGCCCGGACGAAGCUGUAUGAUGAGUGUCUGUAUUGUGCAUAUCACCUGCCGAUAAUGUCCGGGAAUGAUGGGUAUAGGGUUCGCUCUUCGCCAGUAUUGAAGAGCCCCGGCGGUAAGGCUGUCCUGGACGUACAGAUUGAGAGGUCUGAGCAGAGGGAUUAUCACGAAGGGUACUUUGAGGAUUCAUAUACCGGGGAGAGGCGGACAAGUGGUGAUGGAAGCUAUGAAGAAGAUGGGCAUCCAAAAUCUCCGGGGAAAGGCCAUGGAUUUCCACAGGAUGGGAGAGAUGACCAUCAUACCUACAAUCAAGGAUACAGGCCGGAGAGCCCAAGGGAUUCGAAUAUGAAUGACAUGAAGGCCUUUGCUGAAAUGUUUGUCUUCAACUACGGAGUUGUAGUUUUCUGGGGUUUCUCUGAGAGACAGGAGAAGGACAUCCUCGCAGACCUCACCUUUGCUCAAAACGACUUCGGCAGCCAGCUCAUCUCCGGUCGCCUAAAGGAGGACGAAUUUGAGACUGAAGAGUUCCACUUCCAAUACUCUUCCCGCACUAGAUCACCGAGGAUAUACAAUGACAUGAUAACGCUCCGCUCCGGCGACAUAAUGAUCAAACUCGCUAUCUCCCACGCGAUCGCACAAUCCACAAAACUCUGCCGCUUCGAAGAGCGCAUGAACUCCACCAUGCUCGGCGUUCAGCACAUCCCCAAGAAGUUAGCCCUAACCGGCAAACUGGGCAUGAAGCGCGAGGAAGUGGUUAAAAUGAGCGGAAAACUGUUUAAGCUGCGUGUAGACGUGAACCUUUCAAGCAACGUUCUUGACGUCCCCGAAUUCUUCUGGGCGGCCGAGCCAACCCUGCACCCCUUAUACGCCGCCGUGGGCGAGUACCUGGAAAUUAAGCAGCGCAUCCUAGUCCUCAACGAGCGCUGCAGGGUAUUUCUAGAUCUCACGGACAUACUCUCGGACUCCAUCGCCGAUAGCAACAUGUCCAGGAUUACGUGGAUCAUUAUUAUCCUUAUCGUGCUCUCGAUCUUUGUUACUACCGCUGAAGUAGCGAUUAGGUUUGGGUUGUUGAGUGCUAGGAGGAAAGCAGGGGAGUUGUAAAGUUGUAAAAGGGUGUGUAAAGUGUACAUUUCAUGGGGGGGUUAGUUGUUUGUUGACCGCUCCC